AGAGAGGGUACAAGGUGCGUCCUCUGCUCACGUCUAGCGCAGCAGCACAGAGACCAGAGUCAGUGGCUGCAGCUGCUGAUGCGAACGUCUCUCUCUGAACCUCACAGGUUCUUCCUCAGAAUUCAGAAACGCACGCUCAAGCCACAAGAUGCGCGUUGCUGUGCGCUCCAGCCUGGGAGGAGCUUCGACUUUUCUCCUCUUGUUUCACGCCAUUCUCGAUUGAAGACUCGCUGUGGAAAAAAGGAGACUCUGGGUAAAAAAGGAGAAAGCGGGCUGAUAAUUCGCCAUCUUUUGAGAAAAUGAGCCCACCAGAUUCAUCAAACGGCACCGAGGACGACGGGGAGGCUGGUGAAACCAAUCCCUUGCUGUUCAACGACAGCCAGGGUUUCCACCCACCUGGUUUCCACACUGACAUCACCAAGCACAUCGGAGUCCAGAUCACCCUGAUAACAGCGUACUCACUCAUCAUUCUGCUGGGGCUGCUGGGAAAUGCUCUUGUUAUCUACAUGAUUAUUCGCUACAGAAACAUGAGAACGGUGACCAACUUCUUCAUCGCCAACCUGGCUCUGGCCGACCUCCUGGUGGACACUCUGUGCCUGCCCUUCACUCUGGUCUACACUCUGCUAGACGAUUGGAAAUUUGGACCCGUCCUGUGCCACAUGGUGCCCUUCGCCCAGGCCCUCAGCGUCCACGUGUCCAUCUUCACCAUGACCGUCAUCGCUCUGGAGCGGUAUCGCUGUAUCAUCUUCCACCUGGGCCGACGGCUCACGUGGUGUUCCAGCUUCCUCAUCAUGGCCUUCACCUGGACUUUGUCAGCCAUCCUGGCGGCACCGCUGGCCAUCUUCAGAGAGUACCGUAACGAGGAGAUACCGUCCAUCAACCUGCGGAUUUCUGUCUGCUCUGAGAAGUGGCCCCACGGGACCAGCAGGGAUGGAGUCAUUUACAGCCUGUCAAUGCUGCUCCUGCAGUACAUCAUUCCCCUCGCCGUCAUUAGCUACGCCUACAUCUGCAUCUGGGUCAAACUGAAGAACCACAUCAGUCCAUCCAGUCGCAGCGACAGCAUCAACCGCCGCAAAAAGACCACCAAGAUGCUGGCUCUGGUCGUGGUGGUGUUUGCCAUCUGCUGGCUGCCCUUCCACGUCUUCCAGCUGGCCAGUGAUUUGGAUCUCGUGCUGAUGUUCAAGGAAUACAAACUGAUAUACACGCUGUUUCACAUUGUGGCAAUGUGUUCCACGUUUACCAACCCUCUUCUCUAUGGAUGGAUGAAUAAAAACUACCGCAACGGCUUUCUGAUGGUGUUCCGCUGUGAGGACAAGCCAGAUUCUUUCCAUCCCGAGGGCUCAUUCCGGACACGUUCCAUGAAAAGGCUGACUCUGAACGGUCGGAACGGGGGCCAGCCCCCGACUGCUGUUUGAAACAACCAGUGUUUAUUCACAAAUCCUGUACAAUAUGAUCGGAGCACAGCUCGGUUUUGUGCUGACUGCGGUUCAAAAGAAGCACCUUUUGACUGAAAUGUUUCACUCUUGUGCGUCCUGCUCACUGAAGAGGGCUACAAGCUUUGCAUGUACAUGGCACAAUGCAGUGGUACUCCAGUGGUACCCCCCCACACACACACACACACAUCUCCCCCUCCGCCUUUGAAAACUGAACUAUUUCCGAGCCCCAUAAAGGCGACACAUUCACAGACGCUGCUUCAAAUCUUCAAUCACUGAACUUUAAUAAAAAACUGUGCUGUUCUUGGUAAACAAAGAAAAAGAAAAAAGGAAAACUCACAUAUCAGUGCAGCUUUACCACUUGGGCACAGUUAAUAUAGAAAGCCUGCUUUGCUUCUCCUGCAGUAGUUCCGCGCCCCCCUCUUUGGAAACCACCGGCAUAAUACCGGGCUGUUCUUUACUUUGUGAAUGACGCCAGUGAAAUACUUUUGUCUAAAGAAUUCAUAAAGAUGUUGAAAAUGUUUACAACGAUCUAAAGUAUAAAGCUUUGUAUUUGUGUGUGAUGUUAAGAUAAGUGAUGUCCAGUUAAUUCCACCCUCAGCUGCACGUGUUGAUUUUCUGAAGCUUUUUGAUGUGUCCACACACUGAAGGUGGUGAAAAACACUGUAACUGUGAGUUGUUUGUUUUUGUUGUUGUUGUUUUGUUUGUUUUUUUUUUGUUGUUAAUGGGUCGAAUCUUUUGGAUGACGUUUAAUCAGCGUUCAUUCCAGGUAUUUUGGAGGCGGCUACUGCUGAAUUUCUGACCCACCAGGACUUCAAUUGUGUUCACUUAGCAACCACGGUGUCCGUGAUUAGAUGAACCAGCAGGACGCAGUGUCCAGAGGAAUGGGAUUGAAAACCAGUGAACCGUGUGAGUUGAGGACGAAAAGUUUGUGAUGCCGGCGUUAGAAAAUGAGGACGCCCACCUCCACGACAUGCAGGAGAAAUGUGUGGAGGGAUUUUAGGAGGCAAUCAAAUGUGUCGUACUGUUGUUAAAGUGUUUUUUGUUUUGUUUUUAAUAAAGGAAACAUGAGUAUUUAGUUAAGGCUGAGGAGAAGUGGUGACUGGUGUUAAUAUUUGACAUGUUAGUGGGCGACACAGGCCACGUCCUGUGGUACAGUCAUUCAUUCAUUCAUCUUUUAUCGCUCAAUUCUUUUCAGGGUCACAGAGGAAGGGAGGGUAGCUGGGGUCAGUCCCAGCAGACACUGAGUGAGGACAGGCUACAUCCUGGACAGUACACUAGUCCAUCACAGGGCCACACGUACAGAAAAACAACUAAACCCUCACAUUCAUCAACUACAGUCAAUUUAAAGAAGGGGUUUCAAACCUCUGGCCCGGGGGCCACUUCUCACCCAUGAACUGCCUAUAUCCGGCCCAUGACUAAAUAUUAACAAUUUUGUAAUUACAGUCUUGAGUGGAAUUUUUUCAAUCAAGAAAUAAUGUAUUUGUUUCCUUAUUUAACUGCCUAAAUUGGUGGUACAAGAUUGGGAGGGGCAUACUCACUAUCUGCACUGUAUUAUAUAAUAUUUAUACUAAUUCAGUAUAAACAAUCAACACGACUAAUUGUAUUUUUGUUGUCUAAAGUAACAGAUAAACAAACUUUAAAUUCCAUGCAUUACUUUGAUUGAACACCAGAGGGCUUUGUUCAAAAAUAAUGCGCUCCAUGUCUCGUGGUUCUGUUUUCCCGCUGCCUCCUGAUGACAUCUACAUUAUCGACUGCACGGAUGGAACUCCUGGAGGAUAAACGUCAAGUUUAGACCUGUGGCCUUUAGUACCACAGGGGAAUUCGAGCUUAAUGGGAAAUGAUUUUGCUUCAGAUUUGAGAUGUUUCCAGGGUUGAAUAUAGCUGUUUAGAAUAAAUUAUCAAUCUGUUGUGUGGAGAACAGAUGGAUCAUUUCAACCUAAAAACGAAGGUUAUUGCGAAAACAGCAGGCGGGUAAAACAAACAAACAAAGUAAAGAGAUAUUUUCUGCUAUUUUUUACGAUGUUAUUUUCUUCGUAUUUCCUUCUACUAUCACUUGGUUUCCAGUUCCAGAGGCACUAGACUACAACUCCAGCAUUGCCAUCCCGUCUCUAUAUUUCAGUCUCUCCCUACCAUCGCUAUAGGCAACGUCUUUAUGAUCUAACCAAAUUAUAUUCUUCCAUUAAAAAUAACAUUUUUAUAUGUUAUCCUGAGCACACUUUUGUCUGCCUUAGGUACUUCUGUCUGGUACGUUUCAAUUCAGAGCUCCCUUUCUGUGAUUGACGCGACAAAUGAAAGCUAAUUUAAAACCAGUGUCUAACAAUCUCAAUAAUUAUAAUCUCUAAAAUAAAUAAUUUAUCAUCGUAUUUUACUUAUAUUAAUAUUAAUUAUUUAUUUAUUUUUAUCCUAUUUUAAAUACUUAAAAAAUAAAUUAAUAAUAUCAGACUAAAAGCAGUUAUUAUUUAUACUCAUCUGGUGACCUCUAGUGGUGGCAGAUUAUUUUGCAGAUGAAUCACUAAAGGGAAGUGACGUGCAUCUUGACCUUCCUCCAGUCCCAGCCGCCGUCCUCAGUUGACAUGAUUUGUGGGGGUAGAACACUGAAGUUUUCCCCUUCGCGACUGUGAAAUGCUGGUUGUCAUCUCUUGAAUUGUAUCGACUGACAGGCUGCUGCCUGCCAUAGUAAACGGAAGGAACAAUGGUAAAAUAUUUCAGCGGCGCUGAUUUACUCAAGACCACCUGGGACCAAGUCUGCAUUGCCUUCUGGCAACGAUAUCCCAAUCCUUACAGUAACCAUGUUUUGACUGAGGACAUAAUUUUCCGGGAGGUCACUCCGACCAACUGCCUGAUUUCAAGGCGUCUUUUGACCAAAUUCAGCCGAGCGCCUGCCUGGAUGGAGCGCUACCUGCCAAAGCACAUGUCCAGCUCGGCGUACAUCAUUGAA